AUGAAUUUCUUAUUUGCCCUAACGUUGAUCGCAUGCGUCAUCUUCGGUGUCGACGGUGCUAGAAUUUUAGUGGUAUUCCCGCAUCAAGCGAGGAGUCAUUACAACGUGUACGAGCCGUUGUUGAAGAGAUUGGCAGAGAAAGGUCAUCAAGUGGUCUCUGUCUCGCAUUUUCCUCAAAAAACACCUUUGGCCAAUUUGACAGAUGUAGAUGUCAGCUCGAGUUUGCCGAGCUUGAUCGGCACCAUGACAAUGUCACAGUCUGAUAAAGUGUACAAGUGGUUGAAAUUGAAAUCGGUGUUGGAAAAUCGUGGCUCGGUAAUAUGUGAUCCUGUGUUAAGUCAUCCGGGGUUGAGAAAGAUUGUACAAUCUCGAGAGAAGUUCGACGUGUACAUCGUUGAAAUUUUCGUGUCGGAUUGUUUUCUUAGUAUCGCUCAUGUUUUGGAGAUUCCGAUUGUGAUCGGAACGAUCACUAGCGUCACUGUACCAUGGGCGAACGACGUCUUGAGGAAUCCUGAAAUUCCUAGUUAUAUACCGAACUGGUUCAGUAGUUACACGGAUCGAAUGAACUUUUUUGAGAGAUUUGGUAACAGUGUGGAUUUUUUCGUUACUAAAUUGGCGUACAGAUACUUAUCGGACAAUCCGAGCUACGAAAUCGCGAAAAAACACUUCGGCAACGAUCUGCCCGAUUUCGACACGCUGCGAUCGAAGAUAUCGUUGAUCUUGACGAACGGGCAUCCGGUUAUCAGCACGCCGCGAGCGGUCGCGCCAGGAUUCAAGGAGCUCGGAGGUAUUCAUAUACCGCCGUCAGGCCCACAGCCGUUACCGAAACAUCUUCAGGAUUUUCUCGACGCGCAGGGCAACGACGGUGUUAUUUACUUUAGCCUAGGAUCGCAAAUAAACUCGUCCACCAUGUCGAACCAGGUGUUUGCAGCUUUUUACAAAGCAUUCGAGCAAGUACCACAGCAAAUACUGUGGAAGUGCUCCGAAGAGAAAAUGCCCAGGCUGGCCAAGAACGUUAAGUGCAUCGAAUGGGCGCCACAGCUCUCCAUAUUGUGUCACCCAAAUGUGCGGUUAUUUAUCACACACGGUGGAUUGCUGGGGACCCAAGAGGCGGUUUAUUGCGGGGUACCGAUUCUCGGCAUACCCCUGUUUGGGGAUCAGCACUUGAACAUGGCCUACUUCGUGAAAAAGGGGCUAGCUCGCCAGCUGAAUUACCAGCAACUUUCGUACGAGCCACUAUCAAACGCUUUGAACGAACUGCUCACGAACAAGAGCUACACGGAUACGGCACGAAAAGCUUCUUUGCAGUUCAGGGAUAGGCCAAUACCACCUCUGGACGAAGGGGUUUACUGGGUAGAAUAUUUAAUUCGUCACGGACCAGGUUCCUUGAAGAUAGCAGCUGCAGAUUUGACGUGGUAUCAGUAUCUAUUGUUAGAUGUUAUACUUGUAACGAUAGUGUCAAUCCUAUUGGCAACUUGGAGCGUUUAUAAACUAUGUAAAUUAGUAUUUCGUCGAAAGAAUGUAGCGUCCGUAAGCAGUAACAAGAAACGGAUGUAA